AUGCUGUGGAUAUUUCGCCACUUACCAGUCCUCCUUUUCCUCUCUAAUAUUGAGUAUGGAACUGCUAAUAAUCAAUGCAGGACAGAGGUAAACAUACAAGGUAUGGCUCUCAAGCGAUCCGUCUUUAAAAGGUGGUCGGUGGCGGCUCCACAUCUUUGCGAUGUGAAAUGUGGACAAGAGAUCACGUGCCAGAGCUAUAACUACAAUAGGAAAUACAAGAUAUGUGAACUAAAUAACCGCACCAAGGAGGCAAGACCGGAAAAUUUCCUCUCAGCACCUGCAUGGUUUUACAUCCGGCGGUUGAACGGCAGAGGUAAGUAGGCAGAGAUCAGAGUACGAUGUAUCUUUCUCAUAAGGAUUCUCAUCAGCAUUUACUUUUUUGUUGUUCCAGAGACAUAACGGAAAAAAUUUAUUCCGAAAACGUGAAGGAUAGAAAUUCUCCCUGCAAUUUUCUCACUCAUCUUAGCUUUUCUCCUAUUAAAGUUAACAUUGACUUAACUUACGACUGCACAUCAGCAAAAUCGCAUAAAACAUAUAUCAAAACAAAAAGCCAAACUUUUAUUGCAGCUCCCUUGGGUUCUAUUCCUGAUUUACCAGCGUUAUCUUGUCACGAAAUAAAGGCGAGUGAAGGAAAAGACACUAUCAGCGGCAAGUACUGGCUGGAUCCAACCGGCACUGGGAAGGCAGUAUUGAUUUACUGUGACAUGAUUAAAGAGGGUAAGCGGCAGUCUGUGAACAGGUAGCUGUAAGCGUUUUGUCGUAGUUUUGGUUUCUUCUUUUUCAUUUGAUUUAGGCCAGUUUCAAUUUCUUUUGUUUCUCUUCGGUUUGAACCACUGUUUCUCCCCUGCAUUUUAGAUAUGGAUGAAUGCAAAGGAGACAACCAUGACUGCGACCCGAAUGCAAACUGUACUAACACUUAUGGUUCCUAUGAUUGUGCGUGUAUGGAAGGGUACACUGGUGAUGGGCAUUCAUGUGCGGGUAAAGUUACCUUUAUUGAUCAAGAUGAUGAAAGCGCUUGCUUCGUUGUUUCCUGUAUUUCUUCUGUUCUUUCUUGCAUGCUUUCGCUUGCUUGCUAAGUUUCUCUCUUCCUACCUUUCGGCCGGCUCUGGCGGCAAAAGUGAAAAGUCGCCAAAUUGUAUAGCAUUCUGGCGAUCUCCCUUUCUAUCAGUGUGAUGACGUUCGCCUUGGCAUUUUUAUCGGCAGUACCGCAAUAAUUUAUUCCUUUUCAUUUUUUUACUUUUAAAAUAUAUUUCUAACAUCUCUUAUUCCUUAGAUUUUGACGAAUGUAAAACAAAUCUUUCCUCUUGCCACGUAAAUGCUGACUGCCUAAACACCAUUGGAUCGUACGUUUGUCGUUGU